AUGUCCGAGGGCAAUGUCAAGCCCUCCAAGGGCCCCGUUGUGGCCGAAGCCCAUGAAGUGGACACUUUCCACGUUCCGAAGGCGUUUUGGACGAAGGGGCCUGGCAAAACUCACCUAAAAGGCAUCGAUGAAUACAACUCCAUGUACAAGGAGUCCAUUGAGCAGCCGGACAAAUUCUGGGGCAGGCUCGCUCGAGAGCUGCUAACGUGGCAGACGGACUUUCAAACAGUGCGCAACGGAACCCUUGCAAACGGCGACAGUUCUUGGUUCCUGGAGGGCCGGUUGAAUGCCUGCUACAACUGCGUUGACCGGCAUGCCAUCAAGAACCCAGACAAGCCAGCCAUCAUAUACGAGUCUGAUGAGCCCGGCGAGGGUCGCGUGCUUACCUAUGGCGAGCUUCUGCGUGAAGUAUCCCGGGUGGCAUAUACUCUGAAGCAGAUGGGAGUGAAGAAGGGCGACACCGUUGCACUCUACCUUCCCAUGAUUCCCGAGGCACUGGUCUCCUUCCUGGCCGUCACACGCAUCGGCGCUGUCCACUCGGUCGUCUUUGCAGGCUUCUCCUCAGGAUCGCUAGCUGACCGGAUUAUUGACGCCAACUCCAAAGUUGUGAUCACCACGGAUGAGGGCAAGCGCGGCGGCAAGGUCAUUGGAACCAAGAAGAUUGUCGACGAAGCUUUGAAAAAAUGUCCUGACGUUACUCGCGUCUUGGUGUACAAGAGGACGGGCGCUGAUGUGCCCUGGACCAAAGGCCGAGAUUUCUGGUGGCAUGAGGAGGUCGAGAAAUAUCCCAAUUAUAUCCCACCGGAGAGCAUGGCUUCUGAAGACCCUCUCUUCCUGCUCUACACAUCUGGCUCAACGGGCAAACCCAAAGGCGUGAUGCAUUCAACAGCGGGGUACCUGCUUGGGGCUGCGGCAACCGGCAAAUACGUCUUCGAUAUUCACGAUAACGACGUUUUCUUCUGUGGUGGUGACGUUGGUUGGAUCACCGGUCAUACAUAUGUUGUGUAUGCUCCUCUUCUUUUAGGUGUUGCAACGGUCGUGUUCGAAGGCACUCCUGCGUACCCCGACUUCUCUCGUUAUUGGGAUGUCAUCGACAAGCACAACGUUACCCAAUUCUACGUCGCCCCGACGGCGUUGCGCCUGUUGAAGAGAGCUGGUGAUGAGCAUAUCCAUCACAAGUUGAGCAAAUUGCGAGUAUUGGGUUCGGUGGGUGAACCCAUUGCUGCCGAGGUGUGGAAAUGGUACUUCGAGGUCGUAGGGAAAGAGGAGGCCCAUAUUGUCGACACGUACUGGCAAACCGAAACAGGGUCUCACGUGAUCACCCCCUUGGCCGGCGUCACCCCGACAAAGCCUGGCAGCGCAUCCCUGCCCUUCUUCGGUAUUGAGCCUGCAAUUAUCGACCCUGUCUCCGGUGAAGAGAUCCAAGGUAACGAUGUUGAGGGUGUGUUGGCUUUCAAGCAGGCUUGGCCAAGUAUGGCCAGGACCGUGUGGGGCGCCCACAAGAGGUACAUGGACACCUACCUAAAUGUCUACAAGGGCUACUAUUUCACCGGUGAUGGUGCCGGACGCGACCACGAGGGCUAUUACUGGAUUCGCGGUCGGGUUGAUGAUGUCGUCAACGUGUCUGGUCAUCGUCUAUCGACGGCCGAAAUCGAGGCUGCAUUAAUCGAGCAUGACGGAGUUGCCGAGGCUGCUGUCGUCGGGAUCAAUGACGAGCUCACCGGUCAGGCCGUCAAUGCCUUUGUGUCACUCAAGGACGGAGCGGACACAGGCGAGGCCAUGCGCAAAGACCUUAUCCUACAAGUUCGAAAGUCCAUCGGUCCUUUUGCAGCGCCUAAGGCCAUCUUCAUUGUGGAUGAUCUCCCCAAGACCCGGUCGGGCAAGAUCAUGAGGAGGAUUCUCCGGAAGAUCUUGAGUGGCGAGGAGGAUAGCCUUGGAGACACUUCCACUCUCAGUGAUCCAAGCGUGGUGUCCAAGAUCAUCGACACGGUCAAGGCCUCGAAGAAGAAGUGA